AUGAGUUACAACGGUAUAUUUUCAGAUCAGAAAGUCAAAGCUUACCAUCGGCUAGAGAUGUUUCAAGAGUUAUGUCAUAUACCAUGUCGUGAUGAUGAGAAUUUUGUAUCCUUUGUGGACUUCUCCAUUCUAUCCACUAACGAGUCAACGCUUGCCAUCUAUAAAACUCCUGCUAGUACACCUCUUGGGUGCGUGCUGAGACUUCUUAAUCAUUUUCAUAAGUAUUCCGCAAAGAAAGAUUUGAACCGAUGCCCUUGUGAGCAAAUGAUAUUUUGGAUCGUAUUGAGAAGUAAAGUGAUGAAGCAAACGAGUCGUUUGUCUAUGGAAACGGGUGGAGAUAAUUAA